GCCCAGGUUGUUCUUCUCUUGCCUAUGGAGCAAUGCAAGAGCUUGGACCAUUCCGUGUCCAUAGUGAUGGCAAAACUCUCUACAGAAAUAGGUUUGCAUGGAACAAAGCUGCAAAUGUAUUGUUCUUGGAGUCCCCAGCUGGAGUAGGGUUUUCAUACUCGAAUACAACAUCAGAUUAUGUGAGUGGGGGUGACAAAAGAACAGCUUCAGAUAAUUAUGUGUUCUUGUUGAAUUGGUUGGAGAGGUUUCCUGAGUACAAAACCAGGGAUUUUUACAUUGCUGGUGAAAGCUAUGCUGGCCAUUAUGUGCCUCAGCUUGCACAUACGAUCCUUCACUAUAACAAGGACCCUAACAACACCUUGAUCAACCUCAAAGGGAUCAUUCAAUAUUGAUAUCUAUAACAUCUAUGCUCCUUUAUGCACCUCUUUCAAUAUCACUCCAUUUCCCAAAAAGGCUACUGUGUUGAAUUUUGAUCCAUGCAGUGAUUAUUAUGUGUAUGCUUAUUUGAAUCGUGCUGAUGUUCAAGAGGCCCUACAUGCCAAUGUAACCAAACUCAGUUAUGAUUGGGAACCAUGCAGUCUAGUCAUCAGACGUUGGGAAGAUAGUCCAUCAACAAUUAUUCCCCUUCUCCAAGAGUUAAUGGCAAAUGGACUACGAGUGUGGGUAUUUAGCGGUGACAUAGAUGGGAGGAUACCAGUGACUUCAACCAAGUAUUCUAUUAAUAAAAUGAAGCUUCAUCUUAAGACUCCAUGGCAUCCUUGGUAUCUCAAUGGAGAGGUUGGUGGGUACACUGAAGUAUACAAGGGGGACCUAACAUUUGCAACAGUAAGAGGAGCAGGGCACCAGGUUCCAAGCUACCAGCCUGCAAGGGCACUUUCACUUAUUAUGCACUUCCUGGCUGGGACACCUCUCCCUAAUUCUACAACACUUCUUCAAUAACUAUUACACCUUUUUUUUUUUCCUUCCCUAUUCUACUAGAAUAAAGAUUGGGACCCCCUUUCCCCCCUCCCUUUGACCCCCUUUCUUUUUUGAUUUGUCACUUUUUCUUUUUCUUCUUCUUUUUUUUUCUUCUCCUCCAAUCACCACCCGCCACGUGUGUGUGGGGGUGGUGCGGGUUGAAGUUUGAGGGGAUCUAAAUCACUGCUGAUUCUACUAUAAUCAACACUGUUUUCUGCUUGUACCAAGGCCUCUAUUUAUUUUUUUGUUUUUGUUUUUCAA